AUGCCUAGGUUGAACGAGGAACUUAACUUUAACUUUCAAGGUCUGGUGCCAUCACCACCACCGUCCCCUGAAUCUCUGAGCCCAUCGCCCUGGUGUGCUCCAAUAGAAAAUGAUGUGUUCCUCUCCGAUGCGGCUGUGGCCCUACCCGAACCCGAGGCUAUGGUCGUGACGGCACCCGAGGCCAUGGACUUUGUCAGGGAGUUCAACAAGCUCCUGGAAGAAGAGUACCAACCAGGAGCUCUGCCGGAGCCUGAAGCUUGCCACGAGAACGAAGCUCCGCAAGGAUUCGAGGUGAUGGACUUUACUUUCUUAAGUUUCAAAAGGAGGAUGUAA